GURCUCGUGUCCCCCAYUGUCCGCCGCCAUCGCCAUCCGUGCUCUUGGCGGAAGAAUCAUAUAGCGCGCAGUCAAUUGUAGGUCCUGGAACGAAAGGCAGAAAGAAGAAGAGUGUGGUGUUGCUGUGAAGAUGAGAGGAGGAGGUAGACCGACGCCAUUGUCGCUGACACGUGGACUACAGCUGCUGCUUCUGUCAUUGACACUGUUAUGCCUGGCAGUGUCAUGUAAUGGCGACGCGAGCACCGCCGGCGGUGGUUCCCGCUCAGCCCGGAUGACGCAGGAGGAUCUUCUGCGCGCGGCGAUGGCGCGGAAGACGAAGACGGUCCUGCGACUGACUGGCGAUGUCCGCCUGACACGUGACUUGGAACCGAUGACGUGUCCUGAUUUGGCGGUCAUUGGCAGCUGCAAAACGCGAUCUGGCCGUCGAAGAAGAUGCACGAUCGACGGCCAAGAGCGGUUCAGUGGAUUCGCCGGUGACGGUCAGACACUUACUCUGGACAAUCUGGAACUCGUGGGUUUUGUCGGGACUUCGACGCGCCCCACGUAUAUCGUCGGACAUUUCUUCCACAUGGCGACCAUCUCCAACUGCCUUGUGUCCGGUAAUGUCAAUCUCGCUGGCACCGAUGUCCCAGGCCUCAUCGACGUCGUGGGCGCGGACGAUGUCGUCAUCAAGAACUCUCAGUUCAUCCGUAACAAAGGGAAGAUGAUUUCUAUCACGUACACUGGUCUGACAGCCACCAAUGUCCUCUUCCGAUCGAACGAAGGAGGACCGUUAAUUAGCCAUCUCAAGGCGUCAGUAACGUGCGUUGGAUGCAGAUUCGAGGGGAAUAAGGCGGCGGAGGGGGCGGCAGUUCUCGUGGCUGAUUACGGAAUCGUCCUCUUCUCUCGUUCGUCGUUUGUCGGCAAUUCCCUGACGAGGGUGGGAGAGAGAGGAGGCGCAGUCAAUGUCGUCUCGUCAAUCGGGCCACUGGCUGCUAGAUUCUGCAACUGCGUCUUCAAUGGGAACACCAUAGCUCUGCCAAGAGGAAAGAAGAUGACGGAACACGUGUACCUCGAGCCCACCGCCUAUCACACUGUGUCUUUUUGCAAGAAGAGACCGGCUAUUGGAAUCAAUGGUAAUAUUUCCCAUGCCAUCGAUUCCUGUGAGGGCUGUCCUGCCUAAGUGAGGACAUAUUCACAGUGUCCAGCCAUAAUAAUAUUUUUGGUCUUAUAAAUUCACGCAUGUGGCUGUGUGCGUAUGGCGUUAGUCUGUUGGGAAAGUUCGAUGAACUAUGUCCCGGGCGUUCUUCUUCUUUGUUGAUAAAUUCAAAAAGAAGAA